AUGGGUUCCGGCCCUAUUGUCAACCAGAAAGGUGGAAAUUUAGUUGUAUUUGAAUUAGAGGAUGUCAAUCAGACCACUGUAUAUCGUGUGAAGAAAAAGAAAAGUAAGAAAAUAGAAAUGGAUGUAACGAAGGCAGCCACGGAGAUCCAGGCCUGGUGGCGGGGCACCCUGGUGCGCCGGGCACUGCUGCACGCGGCCCUCAGGGCCUGGGUCAUUCAGAGCUGGUGGAGGCUGAUGCUGAUGCGGGCGCUGGACAGGAAGCGGAGGGAAGCCCUGGUUAGCUACGUUAACAGAGAGAGGGCCGUGGUCAAGCUCCAGUCGUUGGUCCGUAUGUGGCGCAUCCACUGGCGGUACUGCCAGGUGCUCAAAGCCAUCUACAACAUCCGGUGCCACUGGCAGCAGCAGAACUGCCAGACCUGUGCUCUCCUCCAGGGCCACUGCGUCGUCACAGCCACUCACCUGCAGUUCCACAUCGAAAUCAUCAACCCCGGAGGGCUGCGCGCAGGAGCCGUGUUUCCCCGUCCCCAGUAA